CUGCUGCUGGUAUCCAAACCCAUAACGCAACCAUGGCAAGUAACCUCUCACUGCCCAAGCGGCUGGAAAUGCUGCCAACGGACGCGUGAAAGGUUGAACUGGACCACGAGUGAAGCUGUCGCCUCACCUCCGGGCCAUGAGGGGCGUGCAUGACAGCACGAUACACCCCGCAACUCGAUUGCACAUCAGGGCCUGCGAGGCGGACGCUUGGCAGCACGGACACGCGUCCCAACCUGGCGAGGUGCUCCCGCCGCGCGGCCUGACUCUGGUCAGCCUCGCGCUGCUCGGCGCUGCGCCUGAGGCCCGACAGCGCAUCAACCAUGGCGGCGGCGGCGCAGGAACUGGCAGCUGCGGCGGCGGCGCAGGGCCUGGCGACUGCUGCGGCGGCGCAGGGCCGGGCGACUCCGGGGCGGCGGUGCAGGAACUGGCGGCGGCGCAGGGCCUUGGCGGCGGCGCAGGCCCUGGGCCCAGCAGUGGCGACAUGCAUGUGCAUAGCACAGGGGGCAGCCCAGGCCACGCUGAGAAGGUGCAGCAAAAUGUGAAUUCCAGGGAGGGCUGCAGAUGUUGCGGGUUCGUUUUGCGACGCGGGCUCGCGGGUGCUUGCUAGGCUGCUAGAAGGCUUUCAAGGACUCGAGUAUGACCAAGGUAAACUCGUUUCCACCUCCUUUGCUUGCUGGUCAACGCGAAGGGCGCCUUACCAGAUGGAAGGGGGCGGGGGUAUAUCAUAAGCGGCUACGUCUUGCUUGAACGUGGAGCUUACACAGAGCUAAGAGUGGCAUAUGGUAUCAAUAGUAACUGUGUGAAGGAAGUCAUGCUUAGCACAGACGUCUGUGCUAAGCAUGACUUCUAGAAAAUUAGCCGCGUUCCUGUACUCAUUGCAGACUCUGCGUGCUAGCAUUCUGCGGGGCGAUUGAGCGGACUGAACCUGUUUUGUUCUGCUAUAUGCGCCUCCGGACUCAAAGGAGUUAGUGGGGCCGCAUGGACUACGACGCCAUGUAAAUGCUCAUGCUCAUAAGCUGGCCGACGACGAAACUCCUUUUCGUUUGACUCCUUCAAUCAACUACAAUCAACUUGUUCCAGUCGCUUGAGCCCAACCAAUCCUGCGAAACUAGAACUACUUUGUGAGCACCACGCUUAUCGGGCUUCAUGCCACACGCAGGAGGCGAAAGAAGAUGGAGGUUUUCAAGGUCGUCGCUGGCCCGGGCAUCAUAGCCGCGGGCUUUGUGGCAGCUAGCUACGUGUCUAGCCAGGGCUUCGUACAAGCUGCGGGUGUGCUGGGCACUCACUUCGAGGACGGUCUGAAGGGUCAUAUGGCCAGCGAAGGUGCUGGGCAGCACCUACUUGCAACCGGUUUUGAGCACUUGAGCAAGGCGGUCAAGGAUAGCAAGCCUUUCUUUCAUCUGCUGUCUUUUGGGAAGUAAGCGGUUUCCUUUAGAGCAUGCGGUAACCUGAAGGCUUUUCAGAAGGAUGUGAGGGUUCUCCGUGAGGUAUGAUGAGUUGCCUUCGGCAUUAGGUCUCUCAGUGUCUCUGUUUCUUUCGAUGACACGCACAUGGAAAGGAGCCUCGUUGAUAUGGCCAAAGAACUCGUGAUGUGACGCUGCUUGAUGGAAGGAUAGAAAAGCUGUAAAGUGAACAAAGUAAGUACCUAUGGUGUCACAGAAGCGCGUCUCGCGACACAAGCGUGUAAGGUUGGGGGUC